AUGGUCCGUGAACUCAAGCACCAUGAGAAGAAACUUCUCCGGAAGGUCGACUUCCACAACUACAAGUCAGACGGCAAUCACCGCGAACAUGAAAUUCGGCAACGAUACCUUCUCCAAGACCCAAUGGACUACCGCAAAUACAACGCGCUCUGCGGUUCUCUGCGUCAGCUCGCACACAAGCUCUCUCAACUAGACCCGGACGCGGACCCGCUGCGCAAGAAGCUCGAAUCCGAGUUGCUGGAGAAGCUAUGGCGGAUGGGAAUCCUGAAGCAGUCCCGCGAGCAGGGCGCCGGUUUGUCCAAGGUUGAGCGCGAUGUUACAGUUUCCGCACUGUGCCGUCGUCGAUUGGCUGUCUUCAUGGUGCGCUCUGGCAUGGUUGAGACUAUUAAGGCUGCUACUACUUUCAUCGAGCAGGGCCAUGUCCGUGUCGGUACGGAGGUCGUCAAUGAUCCUGCUUUCUUGGUUACCCGCAACAUGGAGGACUUCGUCACCUGGGUUGAUUCCAGUAAGAUCAAGCGCAACAUCUUGCGUUACCGUGAGAAGCUGGAUGACUUUGAUCUUCUAUGAUCGGCUCCGUUAAAAAAGCAUUUUGGGUUUUUGUUCUGAUAUACCCGGCGCUUGUGCAUUGUGGCCUGUUUAGGUUUGGCGUAUUGAUGUUUCAUGAAAUGAUAUCUCAUGUCCAAAGUUCUCUGGAUAACUCAAUAUGGAUAUGAAUACUACCUAUGUUCUCGAGAAACG